AUGGGAGUUCCCCUUAAAUCACUUGCUACCCUUUUAAAGUUGAUUAAACGGACCGAUAGCGGCAGCGGCAGUAGUGUUGGUGGACUCAGCAAUAGUAGUGGGGCUAGUGGCAGUAAUAGUGUGCUGAUGGAUCCGGAGUUUAAAGAGACGGUUAAACACGCACAAGCAACAGUGGAUGAGUGGACACACGCUUGCCUUGGGGAUCAUGUAGAAUAUGUUACUCCACCCAUCAUGUCAGCUGUUCUUAGCGUUUUUUACGUAAAAAAGACUCGACUUAUAGAGACGGUAUUUUCUACUUUACAAGAAAUGAUGGAUUAUGCCUGUAUUCCGUAUGAUGCACCUAUUAUUCUUUAUCAACCACAAAGAAAUAAAAUAGCUGUGCACUGUGGAGAGGCUUUAUUUCAUGCCCUUAGUUCAUGUCUAGCACAAAUAUCGGAUCCAACGUUGCAGAUGAAAGGUGUUGGUAUUCUUCAUGAUGUUGUGAGUGAUGUUACUUUCCCAUCCUUUACAGGGAAAUGUGUUACUCGUUGUGUACAGUUGUGUUGUCAAAUCACAUUACAAACCUCAAAUGAAGUUUUACGCGCUAACAGUCGUGAUUUACUCUUACUCUGUGUUUUAAGAGUAACAAGAGCCUUUGUAGAGACAACACCCCCAAAGUCUCCACUCCACACCUUUACUUCUUCUACUGUAUUAGAGGAUUACUUACAUGAUGUUGAACCAGAUGCGAAUUAUACACCUAUUGAUAUUGGGGAUACUGAAGAUUCUGAAAUGGGGGGUGAUGCUUCUCCAGAUCCUUUAUGUAGUACCAGUAGUGUACCCAACGUACAACCCAAAUCCUAUCUACCUCGACAGACAUCAUUAUCAUCUGGAUCAUUACAUACAUUUGACUUUUUUAGAAGUAGUCUAAAUGAGAGUUUAAUAAAAAGUGCAUUAUUAGGAUUUCAAGUUUCUGAGAAUUUACCUAAUGCAGCAAAAGAUUUAUUGCUUCUUAUUAAACAUACAUGUAAAUUAGCUACAAGAACAUGCAGUGGAUCAGGAUCUACGAAUGAGGGAAAUCCGGAAGUACGAGCUCGACAAUUAGCACUUGAGAUGUUAGAAGCUAUUUUCCAAGAACUUCCGUUGGCGAACUGUGAUGUGGAUCAUUCCUGUGCAACGUGGCUUUAUAUAGUACUUACUGCAACAAAAUUUGAUAUUCUUAGAUGUAUUGCUCGAAACUUAGCGACUAUUAUUCCUUCUUGCUUUUUCACUAUUAGUGUUCGAAUUCUUACACUUUUACUACGGAAAUGUCACCAUCAUUUAGCCCGUGAAGUACACGUUUUACUAGCAGUCAUGUUAUUUCCUCUUGCCGUAUCCAAAUUCUCAAGUUUCUCUCAAAAACAUGCAGUUAUUGGUAUGGUACGUGAAAUUGUCAGUAUUCCAGAUUUAUGUGUUUCUUUCUUUAUUAAUUAUGAUUGUAAUCCAAAUUUUGAUUCAGGAGCCAAAUACGGUGGUAUGCUGGAACUCAUAAUAGAUUUUAUUGUUGAAAUGAUGUUUGCCGACGUCUAUGAUCCAGAAUGGAUUUCUUCUGAUCAACAACAAUUACUUCGUAGUGAAUGUGUAAGUGUUAUGCAUAAUUUUGUAGAGUCUAUGCAGCGAUGGGUGGUGGAGGAUCCACAUGAGUAUACGGCACAACAGGUGCGAAAAGCAGCAGGACAAGUCAUCAGCACAGUUGGUAAUAGUGAUCAUCAAAAAUCAAGUCGAUGGCAUCAAGUCUAUCUUGACAACUGGGAAUCUGAAGAAAGUGAAAGAAGUAGUGCGGUAUCUGAGAUGUUAUCAGAUGAUUUAAGUUUUUCUUCUUCUCUUUUAGAUGAGGGAUUUGGUUCUAAAAGGGCAUUAGGAAAACGUGGCUAUAUUGGAUACCAUUGGAAACAUAUUCAUUGUCUUUUACAAAAUAAACGUAUUGCACAGGAGGCAUUACAAUAUAUUAACCGAGGACAUUGGAGAGAGGGAAUGCAAUUACUUCAACAACGUGGAUUUAUUCCACAAACAGAAGAAGAAGGAUGUUGGACUGUCUUUGCAAAGUUUCUUAAAACAUAUCCCAGAGUAGACCGUUCCGCACUAUGUAUGAUCUUUGAACGAGUCUUAAAAGAUCCUGACUGUGAUCGUAUCUUAAAAGAAUAUUUCCUUCACUUUCAAUAUGUGGGUGUUCCUAUUGAUAUUGCCUUACGAGAUACCACCUGUGAGUUUAUGUCGUGGGAUCGCCCAACCUUUGAGGCGCAGGUGUGGUCUGUUAUUCAAGAACGAUUUGGAGAGGCCUACGCUGCGCAGAAUCCACGGCAUAUCACUACAAAGGAUGCAAACGCCAUGGCAGGCGUGUUAUUAUUUCUACACACAAGUCUUCAUAAUGAGAAUGCACGGGCAAGUCGAAUGACAAUAGAUGAGUUUGUGAGAAAUGGAAAUCAAUGUGUGGAGUUUCCUUUUCCAGAAGAAGAAAUGCGAGAGAUGUUUCAUCGCGUGGCUCGUCAAAAGUGGAAAUUAGAUGAUUUCAAGCGAACACCACAACAGGUGGAAAUGGAAAAGUCUCGCAGUUCACUUUCCUCAAGGUUAAGUCAACAACAACGGAUGCGAUGUUCUGUAUCUAUCAACACGGAAGGAGAAAAAGAGGGAACUUCAUCCAUUCCUUCACGUUUAGAGAACUCUGGAAAUUCACAAAAGGGAAUAAGUGAUGGUGGGAACGAGAUGAUGGGGCAUGACUCCUCCACACUACUCAGUUCAUCUCUCCCACCAUAUACAACAGAUCCGGAUUGUUUUAAACUGCGAGAGUCUUAUCAUCAACGGUAUGUGAAUAUCGCAACUCAACACUUAUGGACAUUAGAAUGUGAACAUCGUUUGCAGAGUUUAGAAAAGAUUCCAAUACAACCCUAUGCCGUUCCAUACUAUGCUCAACACAUUCGACCCAUGCUUCUCAUGCUUUACCCACAGAUUGUGGCUACACUUUAUAUGGGGUUUCGUGUGUUGGAAGAACAACCCAUAUUCCGUCUUCUUAUGAAUACAUAUCAAAUGCUGUAUAAUGUGGCUGCUGCGUUUGUAGUGAAUCUUGCAGGACUGCGAGUGGCGGUGGAGCGAAAGAUUCAACGUUCACUAGCAGAGGAGGGAUCACAGGAAUUACAACCGCCUAUUCGACCCACAUUCACCUUGCCCCUUAUGAAUCUUCUGUGA